GUGGACCCGGCGCGCGUGCUGAUAAUAUUGGGGAAGCAGAAUCCCAAUCUCUGCACGGACGGCUGGCGCUUAGUUGGCUCAAGUACGGAGGGAGGGGGCCUGGUCAUAAAGGUCUCUGUUGAUACUGCUGGCCAGGAAUACCUUCAGGCUCGUGGAGGGAAGUUGCACUUCGGCACAGGAUGGAUUCGGUUCCGUCUAACGCCGCCGUCGCAGUAGGAGAAACGAAGCCACAGCUGCUUAGCAUUGUGCAGAUUAACCUGCAUCACUGCAAGGCAGCUGGGGCUGAGCUUCUCCUAUCCCUCUCCAAGCUUGAAGUUGACAUAGCCCUGGUCCAGGAACCUUACAUUUUUAAGAAUAAGGUAACUGGGCUAGGGAGUGAGCGGUACAUCACCUAUGCCACCUCCAAUGGGGAAAAGGUUAGAACGUGUAUCGUCGCAAAGAAAAACUUAAACUUAAUCUUCCUUAACAAUUUCAGCGGAGGAGACGCCACGGCGGUCAGACUGGAGACUAGGACGGGCAAAACACUAUUCCUCGUCUCCCUGUACCUUCCCUUCGAGCACCCCGACCCACCGGGCCAAGUGGUAGAGGAGCUGGUCUCAGUACUGGGUGGAAAAGGCGGACUCAUCAUUGGAUGUGAUGCAAACGCUCACCACUCUCAAUGGGGCAGUAGUAACACCAAUGCCAGAGACUAGGAUGAUCACAAUGGGCCAAUAGGUCUCCGAGUGGAGUGGUUGUUGUUUUUACGCAACCACACAUCCUUUAACCUAACCUAACCUAACCUACCCUA